AUGACAUCUGCGCGUGCAGAUCAGCGCUGCCAGCUGACAUCAUACCCUGUCGGGCGCCGCUUCAAGGAGGAAACUCAAAUGAACACCCUCAUGGCGGACCUGUUCCAAGGCAUUGUGGAGGGAACUCUUGCGGUGUCAUUGCCACCGAUAGAGCUGACGCGAUGGGAUUUAUUCCAUGCACACUGCUUCUUCACCCCCAAGGACAGGGGUGUGGGGCUGCUGUUCCAUGCAAAGGAGUACCCACGCGAGUGUGAGGCGUUCCCUUACAAUCUGGGCUACUGCCAGCGUGGCAGCCCCCUGGAAUAUAGCGAGAGGGAAAUGGACUUCAGGAACCUUAUAUACUACCAGGGCGAGCUGUGCUGCCUAGAUGUGGGAGAAUCGAGUGUGCUGCACAACACCCUUAUAAUGGAUGGGUUACAAGAUGUGCGUACAGUACUGGAAAUGGACUUUGGGCGCGCUGUCUGCGAUGUAAACUACUUUGGCGGCCUGGAGGAUGUGUCCCGGGAGGACAAACUCUUUAUCUGCGGGAAUUUUGCCCCAGUUGAUAACUCCAACGCCAGGAGCACAGGGCAAUGA